AUGGCGGAGUUUGUGGUCUUAAGGGACUCCAUGUCCUACAACCUCAUCCUGGGGAGGAAGACGAUCAACGAAUUUGGGGCGGUGAUCUUCACCAAGAUGUUGCUAAUGAAGUUUGUUGCCGAUGAUGGUUCGGUAGGGACCAUUAGGGGAGACCUAGAGACGGCAGUCGCAUGCGACAAUACCAGCCUCUCCCUGAGAAAUAAGUCUAAAGAAGCGUCCGGCAAUUUUCUUGCCGAUUUGGACGCCAGAGUUGAUGAUAAACCCAGGCCAGAGCCAGAGGGGGACCUGGAAAAGUUCAGGGUCGGUGACUCGGAGGAGAAGUUUACCUUCGUAAACAGAAACCUACCCCACGACUUGAAAGAGCCCCUGAUGGAGAUGAUCAGAGCAAAUGUCGAGUUGUUUGCCUGGACCCCGGCCGACAUGCCAGGUAUAUACCCCCAGCUCAUGUCCCACCGUCUAGCCGUGAAGCCGGACGCUAGACCGGUAGCUCAAAGGAGAAGGAAAAUGUCCCAAGAACGAGCAGAGGAGGUGGCCAGGCAGACGGCCAGCCUUCUAGAAGCAGGUUACUCCGACCUUUACAAAGCAUGUCCUAAGGACUCGUACCCCCUCCCCAACAUAAAUACUCUCGUCGACGCGGCGGCAAGAUAUCAGUAUCUGAGUUUCAUGGACGCUUACUCUGGCUACAAUCAGAUACCGAUGCACCGGCCAGACGAAGAGAAAAUGACUUUCAUAACGCUAGGCGGAACGAAAAUUUUUGGGGUUCAUGAUACCCAAAAGGGGGUGGAGGUGAACUCGGAAAAGUGUAAAGCAAUACUCCAAAUGAAGAGUCCGGGGUGCAUCAAAGACGUCCAGAGGUUGACAGGAAGGCUCACUGCACUAUCUCGCUUCCUCGGUGCAUCGGCUGCUAAAGCUCUGCCGUUUUUGAACUUGAUGAGAAAGGGGAUAGCAUUUGAAUGGACCCCGGCGUGUGAGGAAGCAUUCAUACAUUUCAAAGAGGUUCUCGCAACACCACCUGUUCUCAGGAAGCCCAAGGUCGGAGAACCACUAUAUCUGUACUUGGCCAUAACGGAUGAAGCGAUGGCGGUGGUUUUAGUGCGGGAAGAAGGGAAAAUCCAACAACCCAUUUACUUUGUGAGCAAAGCACUGCAAGAGGCAGAAUUGAGAUAUAGCAAAUUAGAGAAGCUGGCACUUGCACUCCUGACCUCUUCCCGUAGAUUGCGGCAGUAUUUCCAGGGUCAUCAAGUGGUCGUGAGGACAGACCAGGGAAUUCGCCAGCAUGAACCCAGGCAGGCGAUUAAGGCGCAGGUCAUGGCUGAUUUCUUGGUAGAAGUAACGGGGAACCCAACCGAGACAACGAGCAUACGGUGGAAGCUCCACGUAGAUGGGGCCUCCAACCAAACGUUCGGAGGUGCCAGGAUCAUCCUGGAAAGCCCAGCCGGAGUCAUAUAUGAACAGUUGAUCAAGUUCGAGUUCCCGGUAUCAAACAAUCAAGCGGAGUACGACGCCCUUCUAGGUGGCUUAACCCUGGCCAGGGAGGUCGGAGCCACUAGGCUAGAGGUGUGCAGUGACUCGCAGGUCGUUACCUCUCAGGUCAAUGGGACCUACCAAGCCAGAGAUUCACUGUUACAGAAGUAUCUGGAGAAGGUCAAAGAGUUGAGCAAACAAUUCGAGGAAGUCACGAUCCAACACGUUCCGAGGAAAAGGAACACACAGGCAGACCUCCUGUCCAUGCUAGCAAGCACAAAACCUGGGGCCGGCAACCGGUCUCUCAUUCAGAGUUUGGUAAAUGAACCAGCUGUAGUCUUGCAACUGACUCAAUCAGAACCCUCUUGGAUGGACCCGAUCAUUGAUUUUCUGGAGAAGGCAAGGCUCCCCAGCGACGACAAGCUGGCCAAAACGAUAAAGCGGGAAGCGACCAAGUAUGCAAUCAUACAGGGCCAGUUGUUUAAAAAAGGAAUCAGCCAACCCUUGUUGAAAUGCCUGCAUCCCGACCAAACGGACUAUGUGCUCAGAGAGGUCCAUGAGGGGGUGUUGCGGUCACCACAUCAGGGGCAAAGCUUUAGCAAGAAAGCUCAUUAG